ACUCCGCACUUUAGACCUUACCCUGAUUCGACUGCAAAACCUCAAAUAAUCCGAACAAAAUCAUGGCAAACGAAGGCGAAGUUGAUCGCUGGAUCGAGCAGCUCAGCCAAUGUAAACAGUUGUCGGAGGCAGACGUAAAGCGGUUAUGCGACAAGACUCGGGAGAUAUUGAUGGAGGAGUCGAAUGUGCAGCCUGUGCGAUGCCCGGUGACCGUUUGUGGUGAUAUCCAUGGCCAAUUUCACGACCUAUCCGAACUCUUCCGGAUUGGAGGCAACUCCCCUGACACUAACUACCUAUUCAUGGGUGAUUACGUCGAUCGAGGAUACUACUCCGUCGAGACAGUGACGCUCCUCGUCGCCCUGAAGCUACGCUAUCGAGACCGAGUAACAAUUCUACGAGGCAAUCAUGAGUCGCGACAAAUCACCCAAGUGUAUGGAUUCUAUGACGAGUGUCUUCGCAAGUACGGCAACGCCAAUGUAUGGCGGUACUUCACCGACUUGUUCGACUACCUACCUCUUACUGCUCUGAUCGACAACCAAAUCUUCUGUUUGCACGGCGGUCUUUCUCCAUCCAUCGAUACCCUUGACCACGUCCGUUCCAUCGACCGCGUGCAAGAAGUGCCUCAUGAAGGGCCCAUGUGUGACCUCCUUUGGUCUGAUCCCGACGAUCGUUGUGGGUGGGGUAUCUCACCGCGUGGCGCUGGAUAUACUUUCGGCCAAGACAUUUCGGAGGCGUUCAACCACAACAACGGCUUGACGCUGGUUGCGAGAGCACAUCAGUUGGUCAUGGAAGGUUACAGCUGGGGUCAAGACCGCAACGUCGUGACGAUCUUCAGCGCACCCAACUACUGCUACCGAUGCGGGAAUCAAGCAGCUAUAAUGGAAAUAGAUGAAAAAUUAUCCUAUAGCUUCCUACAAUUCGAUCCCGCCCCUAGAGCUGGUGAACCACUCGUCUCCAGGCGUGUACCUGAUUAUUUCCUGUAGUGAUAUCAGUGUCCGAUUGAUCUUGCAUCACGCAAUCCGUACAUACAAGCCUCUCUCUGUAGCUUAAUUGAUACCAUCUCUGUUUCAUCCUCUUUCUCCGGCGUCGUCAGAUGCACAGACGUGAUGAAAAUGGACUGCUGUGAAUUGUAAUGGAC